AUGAGAUCGACCACAGUUUUGGUUACUACGUCCUGUUAUGUGCUUACAGUGGUGGCCAGCCUGCGGCUGACCGAGGUGGUGGUACCCCCAGUGGUGGACAUCCACGAGGACAUAACCCUGUGUUGUCGGUUCGACACUGACGGGGAGAAGCUAUACUCGGUCAAGUGGUACAAGGAUGACUUUGAGUUCUACAGGUUCAUGCCGGGGAACUCGCCCCAGACGCAGAUCUUCCCUAGGUCCGGCAUCGUGCUGGAUGAGUCCCUCAGUGAUAAGAGCAGUGUGACCCUGACAGCUCUCACAUUCAACAGCAGCGGCGUCUACAGAUGUGAGGUGUCCACUGAAGCACCCCACUUCAAAACUGUCUUCGCCACCAACAAUCUCACGGUUAUGGUGCUGCCAACAUCCGAACCAGAGAUCAUUGGAGUCAGGAAGUGGUAUCGUCUAGGAGACUACAUCAACGCGACUUGUACAUCAGCUUGGUCACACCCGGCUCCAAAACUGUCCUGGUACAUUAAUGGGGCGAAGGCAGACCCAGCGUACCUAUCGGAAUACCCAGUAAGGGUGAGUCACGGACUCUUCUCCCAAUCUCUCAGCCUGACGUUCUAUCCAGAGCGACGCCAUUUCCAGGGCCCUCACCUCGCCCUGGAGUUCCGCUGCAGGGUCACCCUGGAUCAGCUCCCGCCCUGGGAGAGAGUCUACACUUCCCGCCUCCACGUCGACCUGACCAAUCAGAAGCUGUCCAUGGUGCUCAGCAGGGGAAGCAGUUUAAGGACUACAUGGAACCUCACAGCAAUAUUCAGUCUGAUAUGUCUUACAAGGAUAUUGCGAUCGUGACAUAGUG